UUGUAUCGAGGGUGUCUUACACUGCGCUUUAAUUAGACAUCUUGAAGAAAAUGUAUGGACCUGGUGCUCCGUCUCAAAACAGCCUGUAUGGUUCGACCAUACCUUCUGUGUCAGGGCUAGGGUUGUCAACGGGAAUGCAGGGACUAUCAAUCAUCAACCCUGUAAGGAACACCCCUCAGUUUGUGAGUCGUUCCAAUACCGCUCCGGGUGCCUACGGGACUAUGGGGGGACUGGGGAACAUGUCGCAGAUGGGGGCACCCUCCCCUCCGCCGGUAAAUCUCUCCAGAGGUGGUAUGCUCCCCCUGGGUAGUGGCCGUAGCAGUCUAAUGAGUACUGGUCAAGGCUUGACAAUACAGAAACCUCUCUCCAGGCCAUCCAGCUUGUCUUCAGCCAUUGGAAGUGCCCUGCCGGUAAAUGCGUAUGGAGGGUUUGGGCGGAGUCAAGCCGUUGGAAUGAUGAGUCCUCUCUCCUCUGGUUACUCUACAGCCUUGUCAGAGCUCCAGAGUCAAGGGUUUGAUCCUUCGGAUUUCCCCGUCCUCUCCACUGGCUCCAGACUGCGUCAUGACAGCUCUGGUGGUCUCAUGUCUUCAAACACUCUCUCUAGACCUGGAUAUGGUGGACCCAUUGGUCUUAGCAAGAGUGAGAGUGUUCCUGGGUUCCAGAUGACCAGCGAAGACUUUCCCGCCCUACCCGGGACCACCACCAAGUCCAGCGAUCAUCCUGAGACUCCUACUGACAGCAAGACCACAAUGUCGAUGAUGUCAAGUGCUGCAUUACCAGAGACACGGGCGACUCUCUCCUACGAUCCUGCUCCCGGUUCCAACAAGGAAAGGUGGACUGCAGCAGCUGCCCCCAUUGGACCACCCAAGAGCUCUGCCAGGAAAAGCUAUCAGGCCACGACAGUGUCCAUACCUCCUGGAAUGGUGCAGGACCAAUUUGGGAUUAUGGGUCUACUUACUUUUAUACGAGGAGCAGACAGUGACCCCAACCUAGUUGCCCUGGCUCUUGGAAGUGACCUCACCACUCUGGGCCUCAACCUUAACUCCCCAGAGAGCCUGUACAACACGUUCGCCUCACCUUGGGCUGAUGCUCCCUGUAGACCGCAGGACAUUGAUUACAGUGUACCUCAAGAAUACCUUGUUCAUCCGUUUGUGAGAGAAAAGCUGGCCCCAAUACGCCUGAACCGCUACAAUGAGGAUCUCUUGUUCUACCUCUACUAUAGUAAUGGGGGAGACCUGCUGCAAAUGUUGGCUGCUGCUGAACUCUAUUCCAGAGACUGGAGGUACCAUAAAGAACAGAGAUUGUGGAUUACACGAGCUCCUGGUAUGAAACCAAACAAACAAGAAGCCACUUAUGAAGAAGGUACUUACUGCUAUUUUGACAUGCAAUCAUGGAGGAAGACACACAAAGAGUUCCAUGUAGAAUACGAUAAACUGGAGGACAGGCCUCAAAUGCCACAGCACGGAGUUUCACUCCAAGCUCCGGGCAUGAACUGAUUUUUGAUUAAAAUUAUUGGGCACUAAUUAUUGUAUGUCAAUGUGCUUGCAUUUGUUAUAAAGUUUAUUGUUUAUAUUGUUG